AUGAUCAAGUCAGGAUUGGACAAAGGCUCUGAUGAUGUCGUCAGUUGCUUUCUAAGACGACGUACUGUGAAGCUGGUCGUAUUAACGCACAUUCUCGUGGCAGGGAUUCGCUAG